ACUAUAAUACAUUAAACUAAUAAGAUUAUUGUGUUUUUCCCAUAGUUUGAGAGCUGACGGCUGUCAUUCCAUACAAUUUAUAACCUUACAAUGCAGAAUAUGUAUUGAUGUGACAGUUAUAUAAAGCCCGACCAGAAAUAUAUGAUCAUUGUCAAGAGGGCGCUGUUAUUCUCAUGUAUAGGGUGACAGUUCAGGUUAGUAUGAAAAAUAUAGUUCCAAUGAAAUUCCGAAAUAUGGCGCGUGAUCAUAUAUUACUGGUCAGGCUUUACCUACCUAAUCUACUUAUGUGAAAGAUACCCGCAGUAAUAGUAUUGGUCUAGUAAAGGUCUCGUACCAUCCGACGUUUUGAUUGUGUUACUUAUUUAUUUAAACUUAGGUAAUUGUAAAAGAUACAAAAUAUUACGGCGGCGUGACUUCUGCAAGGUCGCACUCUCUCUCUCUCACUACAAACUUUACCUAACUCCCACUCUCGCCAGUUGCCACCUGUGCCGCAAAAAAAACACAACCCUCUACACACUUUAGAUUACAGCAUAGGUAUCUACUUACUACAUUUAUUACGGCAGAGUGACUUCCGUAAGUUCGCACUCUCACCGCAAACUGUAUAAUAAGAUUAAUAAGUUGAAGGGGGCAAAGUGCGCCUGCCGACUAAGUGCGCCUACCCCUAUUAUAUCUAUAUAAUUCAUAGGUGAGGGGGGCCGAAGUGCGCCUGCCAUGUAGGUGCGCCUAUAUUUUAUACCCAAAACUCCCACCCUCGCCAGUCACGCAUGCAGCAAAAAAAAUUGAACCCUUUGCAUCACAACUUGAUCACAAGUAUCACAACUUUAUUACCUCAGGGUGUCUUCCGCAAGGUCUCUUCCACCACUCUCGUGCCGCGCUCCCACCCUCGCCAGUCGCCACCAUGCCGCCGCGCGCCGUGCUCGUGUGCUUGUGCCUAAUCGCGUGCGCGCGCGCCGCCGCCGCGAUCAGCGCCAGCGAUCUCACCGCUGAGGAGUACUACUCCAUGCCUCAGCUGUUCCACCUGGACGAGUACGAGAGCUGCGUGGCGACGCGCGGCGUGUACUGCCUGGGCAGCUUCGAGCUGUCGCCUGACGGGGAGUCCAGGGUGUUCCGGCUGAUGCAGGAGUACUCUUCAAACUGGGUGGAUAACUUCAAUCACACGCGGCUCCAUCGAGGACUAUGCGUGUCUCGGCGAUGUGGCGAGCCGAACUUACCUGUAGAAGCUCCGGAACCUUCCAUGGACUCUUGGUUCGCAUCAUGCGUGAACGCGAGCACCAUGUCGUCGCACAACCUAUCAGCGCGUCUAUACCAGUUGGACUACUGUCAGCGGGGGCAGGAGAGUGCUCGGCCUUUAGACGCUGCUGAUAGAGCCUUCCCCGUUGUACUGGCAGCCUUGGUCGCUCUUGCUGGGGUCUCUACAGCGUUGGAAUGGCUUCUAUCUCCACAGACUAAGAAAGAAUACCAAUGGGCCUUAUGCUGGUCUCUCCCCGGCUGCUGGCGUGCACUGCGGGCUCCACCGCCGGCCGUCAGCGCCGCCGGCGACCUUCGGGUCUUCGACGGAGUCAGGGUGCUCUGCAUGAUGUGCGUCAUCAUUGAACACGUGUGCUGGUUGAGCACCAUCGCUUAUGUUGCUGAUAUACGGUAUUUUGAGACGAUCCGCCGCUCCGGGGACGCGAUACUCCUGGGCAACUCGACGCUGGUGGUACAGGUGUUCUUCCUGAUGGCCAGCUUCCUGUUGGCACACAAGAUUCUUCUGCAGAGCUCUAAAGGGUCCAUGCCGCCGUGGCGGUCGUUCUUCUCCACAAUGAUCAAUAGGAUCAUCAGAGUCAGCCCGUCAUACUACAUGGUAGUGUGGUUCGCGGCGACCUGGUGGUCGCGCCUGGGCGCCGGGCCGCAGUGGGCGCCCCGCGUCGACUCCGAGGCCGAAGUCUGCCGCUCCAAGUGGUGGGUGCACCUGCUGUACCUGAACAACGUACUGGAUGCGGACAAAAAGUGUUUAGUCCAGACCUGGUACCUGGCAGCAGACAUGCAGCUGUACGCCGUAGCCUUGCUGCUGACUCUCGGCCUGGCGCGCUGGCGACGCGGUGCGCUGCCGACAUUGAUGACGUUGCUGUUCAUCUCCGUCGGCGGGCUGUUCGCCAUCUCCUACUGGUUGAAGCUCGUGUCCACGUUCGUCAUGCAUAACCCUGAAGUGGUCCGUAUGAAGUACUACGGAGACCUGUCCUUCAACAUCCUGUACCAGUCUCCGCUGGGCAACGCACCGGGCACAUUGGCAGGUCUACUGUUAGCCUACGUCCACCAUGAGAUGCUGGAACGGAACAAGCAGCCGCAGCAGUAUCGGUGGUUCCGCUGGGUGACGAGCGCGGGCGCCCCGCUGGCGAUCUGGUGGGCGGCGUCGUCGCCCCUGCUGCUCGGCGCCGGCGCCCCCGCGCGCGCGCCCGCCGCCGCCCUGGCGGCGCUGGAGCGCCCCGUGUUCAGCCUCUUCGUGGGCUUGGCUCUGCUGGGGGCUAUGCAUGGCGUGCAACCGAUCUGGGUGAGGUUCUUCGCGUGGCCGGGCUGGGCUCCGGCGGCGCGGCUGAGCUUCGGGGCCCUGCUGCUGCACAUGCCGAUCAACACGGCGCUCAUCGCCGCGCGUCGCGCGCCUACUGAAUUCAAUCGGCUUUCCGUAAUAGUGGAAUGGUUCGGCGUGGCGGGCGCGGCGUACCUGGCGGCGCUCCCGCUGGCGCUGCUGGUGGAGCUGCCGGCGCAGCGCCUGCACCGCGCGCUGGCCGCGCCGCGCCGCGCGCCGCCGCCCGAGGACGCGCCGCAGCCUGUCGAGAAGACCAACCUGUGAUGGGAUAUAACCGUGUACCUGUUACCUGAUUUUAUUUCGAAUGCUGACUAUUUAAUUGCAGCAUAUUAAAGUUAACACGUUUUGUUAACCUUUUGAACGCCACGCCUGUUAUACACGGUGGCCAAAAAAUAUGUGCAUUCCCGUUGCCAGGGAGGUUUUUUGGCUGUUUCAUACAUUUUAGCUGGUCCAUUUUCUAUGGGAGGGUAAAAAAAAUUGGGGUUGGUCCCAUAAUAAAAGUUGCUCAGUAUAAUCCCAAAACCUCCCUGGCAACGGAAAUGCACAUAUUCUUUGGCCACCUUGUAUACGACGCACCAUUGUGAGCGUUAUCGAGAUGCACGAAGGUUGAUAUUACACUGUAACCGAGCGUCAGUUGACGUCUUUAGCGGUCCCAGGGUUAAAUAAUAUGGUGGUCGCUGUCAACGCCGAGCUUGUGUUUCGUGGCCGAAGCGCAAGACAUAAUUACUAAUUAGCGUCAGGACCUUGAUAUGGUAAGCUAGGUAAGGCACGACUUACCGUGAUAGGUUUGGCCCUAAGAUUAUCCAUUUUAAAAUAAAAACAGGAAGAGUCCGUCUCAGCCAAAUGCUACGUCAAGUAUAGAGCUUGGAUAAUAUGUGCAUUCUUAGUGCCAAGUUUGCGCAAGGUUACCGUGGCCGUGGUCAGAGUUUAACUUACAUUUUCUUUCUAAAAAUUAAAUGUCAAUUAUUACAUACAAAAUUAAAAUCCGUAAAUUAAAUUUAGAGUUACCUACGAAACGUGGUAAAAAUGUAAAUAUAUUAUACUGUCUAGUCUAAUCGGUGAUGUUAUAUUGGGGAACCAUGAGGGUUUUAUGGGCUUCAAAUUCUGAAGUAAAUCUCGAAAAGUGGUUCUUCCACAUUUACUGACUACAAUUAAAUAUUACAUUACACGCUGAGCGACGGCGAGCCAAUAUAUUUAGUAACGUUAAGAUUAAGUAUUAGGUAGGUAUAAUAGUGUAAGCAAAGUGCUCUCUGAAGCUUUGGCAUGUUUGUGAUAAUUUCGGUUACCUAUGGAUGAGAUGUGGCUGCUGACAGACAGCAGUAUGUGUUUAAUUAAGCACUUGUUUUUUUUUAAUUUCCAGAUACUAAAAUGACAGUUUGAUAGGGCAAUUUGCUUUCCACCAACGUCCUGUUUCCCAACUUGAUGGAUACGCUGACAGAUGUUAUCUCUAGCCAAAUUUGCGAGAUUUGUCGUUUUGAGGUUAUAAAUUAUAUGGAGAUAACACCCGUCAGCCUACCCAUGGAGUUUGAAAAAUACUUACAUUGGAACAGUUUUGUACUUAAUUGACCGACUGAUAGGGGAAAUAUCUGAAAUAUAACUUAUUUAGUGCUAAAUAGGCCCAAUUUCCUGAAAACAAUGAAUAAUAAAAACUUUUUCAUGCUUUUAACAAAAAUAUGCGUUAAGAUUCCAUAAAAUGGGCCCAUUGACUGCAUGUAGUUUAGCAAAAAAAUCUGUCCCCAAGUAUACCUUACUUUACCUGAGUACCUUAUUUUUAUCAGGUUUGAAAUUGAAUCAUUUCCUGACAUGAGGUCCUUAUAAACCCAAUAGACAGACUACAUCUCAUAUUUACUGUAAGUUGGUAAAAGUUGUGAAUAGUAAUAAGCUAAGUCUGUUCAAAGCAAAAUGAGCCUUGUGAAAUAAGAAAUAUGCCUUAGAUUUAUAUGGUGAGGUUUGGAGACUAAUUAGACUAAAUUUUGCUCAAUGUUAACUAAUACUAAGCAGUGUAAAUAAAUGAAACUAGAAUGGUA